ACACCAUUUACUGGGCUGUAAUAUUUUAUCGAUAAGACCAACGCUGCUCCACCAGUAGCUCUUUCAGCCAACGUUGCUUUCAGCUUCAGCUUGCUGCAUAUCUACCAUCGGCCAUCUUGGGAAAGGGCGAAAGUGUGCAUGACUUGAGGGGUGCGUGCAGUCAGCAGCGGUGUGAAGUGUGUCGGUGACCACAAAAGCCGUGCAAAUGGCGUUCUUCGGGCUCGGGCAGAGCGCGGACAUCGACAUAAUUCUCAAUGGCACGGAAAACCGCAAAAUGGCCGAGAUCAAGACGGAAGACGGCAAGAAAGAGAAACACCUCCUCUACUACGACGGUGAAUCGGUGUCCGGAAAAGUGAACAUAACCCUCAAGAAGCCAGGCUCUAAGCUGGAACACCAGGGCAUCAAGAUAGAGUUCAUCGGACAGAUAGAACUUUACUAUGAUCGCGGCAAUCACCACGAGUUUGCGUCCCUGGUCAAGGAGCUGGCACGACCUGGAGAGCUAGCUCAGAAUGCCAGUUACAGCUUUGAAUUUGUCAACGUAGAGAAGCCAUAUGAGUCGUACACCGGCUCAAAUGUCCGGUUAAGAUAUUUCCUGCGAGUCACCAUCGUGCGCCGCCUCACUGACCUGGUCAAGGAACUGGACAUAGUAGUGCACACGCUUUCAUCCUACCCUGAGAUUAACUCCUCCAUCAAAAUGGAAGUGGGCAUUGAAGAUUGCCUGCACAUUGAAUUCGAGUACAACAAGUCCAAGUACCACCUCAAGGAUGUCAUAGUGGGAAAGAUCUACUUCCUCUUGGUCCGCAUCAAAAUCAAGCACAUGGAAAUUGCCAUCAUCAAGCGUGAGACGACAGGUUCGGGACCAAACAUCUUCAACGAGAACGAAACCAUCGCCAAGUAUGAAAUUAUGGACGGUGCACCUGUCCGAGGGGAGUCCAUACCAAUUCGGUUAUUCCUGGCUGGCUACGACCUGACCCCGACCAUGAAGGACAUCAACAAGAAGUUCUCGGUUCGUUACUAUCUCAACCUGGUUCUGGUCGACGAGGAAGAGCGCCGCUACUUCAAACAACAGGAAAUUGUGCUGUGGAGGAAAGGGGAGAAGACGCGCAAGGUGAUUCAGCAGCAGGUAUCCAACGCGCAGCCGGACCAAGCCGCGGGCGACAGCACCAAGUAGCCGUCCGGAGAGUGUGCCUCGUGUACAGUUCUACUGGUGUCCCCUGCCCACACCCCUUGCUGCUGCUCGUCUUUCUCGACGGCAGCAUGUCGGGCACCGAACGGACCGAAGAGCUUCAGGCGGCUCUCAAAUCGCGCACUCCUGCAUAGAGCCUCCUGUGCGGUCUAUUUCGCUAGGCCGUUAACCACAACAAGGACGUGUCCUCUUUUAUACGGAGGACAUUUGUAAAUACGCGACAUUCCAAGAAUGUUUUGUUUUUUCCCGCCCCCUUCCCUCGUGUGUGCACGUGAGUGUGGUGCAUCGCAGUGAAAAAUGCAGGGUGGCUUUACGGCUCCUGCGUUUGCGGUGGGAAUUGAAGGGCACACCGUCGUCGGUAAUGCGAAAGCUCCCCCCCUCCCUCCAGUCCGUUAUUUUACCUCUCGUUCUUUGCUUUGCCUUAUUUUGGGCUCACUCUCUUGGCAGAUUUUUGUGUUUGCUUGUUUGUUCUGUACAGAUGUGUAUAUAAGUAGAUGAUGAUGCAGCCUGGGGAAGAUGUGGUUUGUGUAUUACGAAUAAAAGAAUGUCUAGUGGUUUACAUGUUA